GCGAGCGUAGAGGUUCCGCGCGACGUGGCGACACAGACCCAGAGUACAGGGAUGAACAGUUCGCGCGCGCACAAAGCAGCGUAGAAUUGGAACUUUGCUGCAUGUGAUGUGUGUAAGUGUGUUUGUUAAUGCCCGCUUCCUGGUUUGAGGACCUGCACAGCUGUUUCAAGUUGGAGAUGCAGAACCGCUGGAUUUGCGCAUGACUUUUACUGGACACUUAAUGACUUUUUGGAGAGAGAGAGAGAGAGAGAGAGAGAGAGAAAUAAAAAGAAAGCAGGGUGUGCACUGUUUGUCUGCUGUACUUUGACUCCGUGAACAGGGUCCAUGGGUCACUGAAGUGUGAGACUGUGAUUUGAACUGUCAUGAUGUGGCAAUGUGUGUUGACUCGGAGACACAGAACAAGACCCUCUCCUGAACUGCCAAAAAUGGAACAGCACCUUCUUACCUCAGAGCCCAAAUCACACCUCACACUUCACCACGCUGCAUGAGAUCCUCCAGCACUGCUCGACUGGUGAGGCAAGUAUACUUCAAGGCUCUACUCUAUUCUGGCACCGAGGUGGUGGAAAUAACUUCCGACAGAUGUCCGUACAGCGGAGUCCCUGGCUAUCUUCAAGCGACGGUGUGACAGGUUGCUGUGGCUGGUUUUAACUCUGAGCUUAUAAUGGACCCUCGAGGGCAGAACUGGAAAGAACAGUGGCCACAGAACCAGCGCUCAGAACACAGAGUUAGAGAUGAGCAGUACAGGUCUCAUCACACAGGAAAACAUGGCAAUUACCCUUCUCCAGAUGCAAGAGACAUCGACAGACGAUGGUAUGCUCGAGAUCCACGUUAUAUGUACUACAUGAGUGGUCCUCCUGCAGAGUUUAGCACUGCAUACAGCAGCCAAACACCCGACCGAGCUAGAUCCCACUCCAGGCAGGGAUAUGAUUAUCCUCCCCAGAAUUACUGGACCUACAGAAAUGACUCCAGCUAUUAUGAUCAUGGCUACUACAGAGGACAUUAUGGAUACCCAGCAGCCUCAGAUACCAGUUCAUGGCCGGUGCAAGGAUGGAGGACAGAAGGGAAUCAGGAGUGGUCAGGAGCCACAUACACACCUCAGCAUGGGUAUGAGCUCAGAAGAGACAGUGGACAGUAUGAUGGUGGAGUUUCUCUUAGAGAAAGCAUGGAUACCAGGAAUGAAGCUGGAGAGGUGUCUGAACCUGGAGGCCUAGCCAGCUCUAAAACAUCUGGCCUAUCGUCUAGCACCUACGAACUCAGUCAGUACAUCAAUGGAGAUGAGCAGAGCAAUGCUCCACCUCCAGCUCACUCAGCAGAGGCUGAAUCCAAGUCAGUGGUUCCAUUGAAGUUCUGUGUUCCUCAUGUGGCUUUAAGCUUUGGGCCUGCAGGACAGCUGGUGAGAGUCACUCCAGUGUUGCCAACUCAUGGAGAACCUGCUCAGGUGGAGCUCCACAGCAUGGAGGUUAUACUGAGUGACACACGUGAGCAAAAUGAUAUGAGAGGUUUUCCUGGACCACUGACAAGGGAGGAUCUGCAUAAGGUGGACGUCAUUAACUUUUCCCUGCAGAUGGCUGAUGCUUGUCUGAAGGAUGAAACCUCGUGCAACGAUUCCUCGGUCUCCCUCCUGUGGCAACUACUGGUACUGCUAUGUAGACAGAAUGGGAGAAUCGUGGGUUCUGAUAUUGCAGAACUCCUGCUUCGAGGAAGCCGCUCUGUAGGAACAUUUGAUGGAGAUGGUGAGCAGUCAGAUGUAGGCAGCCUCAUAGAUCUGAAUGAAUCUCCAAAAUCAGAGUCGGAGAGCUACAACUCUUUAGAUCUCCUAACUGGAAACCCACUCAGCAAUGAAGAGAAUUCUAAAGAAAACCUCCAGAACUACACCAAACUCCUGCUGGCUGGAAGAAAAAAGGAAGCACUGGAAUCAGCAAUGCGGAGUGGAUUAUGGGGACAUGCUCUGUUUCUGGCCAGCAAGAUGGACAGUAGGGCCUACAACACUGUACUGAGCAGGUUUACAGGGAGCCUAUCUCCUAGUGAUCCACUCCAAACCCUUUUUCAAUUCCUUUCUGGGAGGAUUCCAGCUGUUGCCAUGUCCUAUAGUAAGGAAAAAUGGGGUGAUUGGAGGCAUCAUGUUGCUGUUAUGUUAUCCAACAAAAACGGAGAAUCUGCUAUGCACUUCAAGUCCAUCGUCAACUUGGGUGACACCUUAGCUUCCAGAGGCCUGCUGCAUGCAGCUCACAUCUGCUACCUCACGGCUCACACAUCCUUUGGUUGGUACUCAAACAAAGCAGAGCGUCUGGUGCUACUGGGCAGCAGUCACAGUGCUUCCUUUGCUGAAUUCUGCCAUGACUCAGCCAUUCGCUGCACUGAAGUGUUUGAAUACUGCCAGAGACUAGGAAACCCGUCUUUCAUCAUCCCUUCUUUUCUGGUGUACAAGUUCCUGUAUGCAUGUCGAUUGCUAGACUGCGGUCUGUUCUCACAGGCUUUCCAUUACUGUGAGCUUGUAGCCAAAGCUCUGCUCACAAUACAAGAGCCACACAUCAUACUGCUACAGGAGGUUAUUAAGAUGGUGGACAGACUUAAACACUCUGAAGCACAGGUCAGUGAGACAGGUGCUGAUCCAGACUGGCUGUCUCUCCUACGUCAGCACCUACAGGACCUGCUGAUGGGGAAAUCGGGCAAUAAUGGAUUGGAUCUCUCAGCUGCUGAAGCUACUGCUUUGGCCCAAAAAGAGAACAGAGAGUGUGCAGAUUUUUACCAAGAUGACCUUUCCAAAACUGAGAUGAUCCACACCUCUCUUGAAGAGGAAAGUCAUAAUGGUUCAGGAAAUGUGCAUUACAAUCAGUCCCAUCCUCAUUCCUCCUACCCAUCAGAAGAGCAGUCUUACUCUGGUUAUUUUCCAACAGGACAGUCCUACACAUCCUACCCCUCAGAGGAACAAUCUUACAUCCCAGAAACCCAAACGUGUGCUCCAGAAGAGCAGAAUCUUCCUCAAAUCUAUGCUCCAGUUCCCAUCUAUUCUCAGCAGAAUCUGUUCCCUUCGGAACUCCCAGCAGUUCAUGAAGUUCAGGAUGGUGUAAAUCAUUCUGACAUAACAUACCGUCAGACUGUUUCCAGUCUGGAUUCAAGGAGCCACAACAUUACAGAUGGUGAUUUCUCCACUGAUAAAAACAUGAUGGGUGUUCCUACAAAUGAUACUGCACUUGAUAGAGCUGAUCAGGGCAUGACAACUCCUCCUUGUCCUCCUCCUUCUAAGGCUAAUACGAAAGAAGCCACUAUUCUAAAAUCAGAAAAGGAACCAAAGUCAGGGUGGUUCAGUGGAUGGUUCAAGUCAAAGCCUAAUGAAAUUCCCAAAGAUCAGUAUGAACAAUCAAAACCUGCUGCCAUGGAGUCACCCCCAAUUCCUACCUUUCCUCCUCUACCAAAGAUAUCUUCCACCAUGCUGCCUUCACAGAACCAAACUGCUAGCGUCAAUCCCUAUUCUAGGAAAGCUGGUCAAAAGCCAGGUGCAGCUGUGGGCCAGGCUCCCUAAUGCAGCUCUACACACGGGGCUGUUCUCUUCAUGUGAGGCUUAGAGGUGGGGUCAACAUGUGACUUCACAACAUCUCAAGAUUAACAUUGAAAAGAAAGCAAAAGGAUCAAAUGGAACAUAAAAUCAUAUUUCAAUCAUUUUUGGAGGGACACAGAUGAAUUAUUUGUGCGAUCUGUGAUAAGUGCAUAAGUGCAUUUAAUAUAUCAGGGCUUUAAUUUUCCUGUCCUGUAAUAAGAAAUUGAAAAGCUGAGUGGUGGGGCUGCUAGUGAGACCAUUAACAAGGGUGGGGGCUGUUGGGGAGUCGAUUACAUGGCUGUGCUGUAGGACAAGGCUUGUAAGAACAGUUUUAAAUUUAUCCUAUGAGCCCUUUUUUUUAAUUUUGCAGCCGAUUUCAGGAACGCAUAAAAUUCAGAAAGAUGUACAUGAUCUACAUUCCAGGUUUAUGAUGAAAAAUAAGAUGUGAUCUAUAUAAUACCUAUCUCACCAACUUUCCUGAAUUUGGUGCUAAAAAAGGGACUUUCACUUUUUGAACAGAUUGUAUAUAGAAAUAUGUAUAAAAUGUUUAUGACAUUAAUUGUUCUUGUUUAAAGCUACUGAUCAGCAACUGAUCAAAAGACAAGUGCCAGCUAAUGGAUUUAAAAUUAUUUAUAAUUAUCUAUGUGUUUAUAGAAUAUUCAGUUAAUAAUCUAUGAUGAUGGAAAAUUCAUUGUUUCAAUGCUUCUCUUAACUUUGAAAGCUCACAUGCCCAAGCAUGCAUUUGGAAACAAUCCUGGUCUUUGGCCAACAAAUUUGUUAAUAUACACUGAAAAUGUCAUAACACAGGUUUCUGAUAGAUCAGUGUUCACUUUAUUAGGGUUUGUUAAAAAUAAAUACUUAAUUGAAGAGGGUUGUUUAGUUUUUCUAGCUUGUGAUCUUAAGGAUCUCUAUUAAGAGUAAUUUCUCUAAAUCUGUUUAAAAAUGUACCGAUAUACAUCACAGAGACAAUGAAGUACAUUUCAUACUUAAAUUCUGAAAUGAAUUUAGUAUAAUGCAGUAUUAAAAUGUAUUACAUCAUAAUAAUUGCCACUAUUAUGCUCUACAGAAGCACCUUAAAAUCUUAUUUUGUAAGUUAUGUUUUGUGAGCACGCUGACUGAGCAUAUCAAAUGUUCUAUAAAUGCAUCCACUUAUUAAUUGUAUUAUUGGAAUAUCUUGUAUUUGUAAAUUAAUUCAGUGCAUAUGUUUUAUACUGUAUGAUUUGAAGUGUUGACGUAUUAUUACAAACAUUCAUAGCGUUUUCUUCUGCACUACCACACUAAUACAAUUGAUAUAUGUCAGAAAGUAUUACUAAUACUUGUAUAAUGGAAGAAAAUAAAAAGAAAGGACAGUA